AUGGAUAGCAAUACGUCACUCAAUGCAUCAAUCGAUAUCAACAGCAGCAUUGGAGGCGAUUUGACAAAUUCUUCCCUUCAUAUCGAUGUAACCGACAUCCAAGCUCAAGGCAAAUGGGGAAUACCAACUACCGACGCUUACCAACUUGCACUUCAAUUCUAUCACAAAGAAAAAGCCUCAUUGAAGAUGUCGUACAAUGAUAAGUUAAGGCUGAUAGCAUUUUGGAAACAAGUUGAAUGUGGACCCUUCGAUCAUAAAACAGCACCUGAAAUUGGCUACUUAGAUGUCAUCGGAAAUGAUAGGAGGCAAGCAUGGAUAGCAUUGGGUAGUACAAGUCAGGAAGAAGCGAUGAUAGGAUUUUCUGAUUUGUUAUCUGGUGUCGCCCCAAAAUUUGAAAAGUGGAUGACAGGAAUUGUUGAGAACGCCCGUCAGCAGCAAAUGAAGCGUGCCGAAUCAAUAAGAAUACGCCUGCAAGUGGAGCAAGAAGAAGAAAGACGACGUUUAGAAGAGGAAGCAUUGCGUCAAAAAAUGAAGCAGAUCGAGUUAGAAAAGGCUCAGGCCCAAACUACAAGAGGUAACGAAGGAAAUGUUCAUCAAGAUCCAAUCGGUGAAAGUGUUCAAAAUUUAAAUGGAAACGCACAAACUACUACACAAACGCCAUCCCCAGAGCUUAGCCAUGUCAAUGUACGUACUGAUCCUUCUAUAAAGUCCGAGCAAUCAAAUACAACUCCUGAAAUACAAACAGCUGCAGCAUCGCUUCCUCAACAAAUGCAAGGCGUAGAAAACAAAAUUACGAACCCUACACCAAGUCAACAACAAAAUGUCACAGUUCCAAUUUCCGAAAAGACUGUAACUGAACUUAACAAAGGUGAUGAUGUUGACAAUGCUGUCGAACCAAAGCAUAUAAUGUUAAAGGAUAUACCGCAGCCUUCACUAUGGACUAGACCCGCUGUUCAUGAAUUUAUUAAUCAACUCAAGGAUGAUGCUGAAUCCAAGCUGGUUGUAUCAAGAGGAGAAACCAUCACAAUUCGCGUUCCUACCAACCCGGAAGGAGCAAAAUUAUAUUGGGAAUUCGCUACAGACUAUUACGACAUUGGAUUUGGAGUAAGUUUUGAGUUUUCGGAUCCAGGCUAUAUGCCCGUAUUUGAAACGGACACUGGCGCUAAUAUGGAGUAUGGAGAUGAUGAUGAAUACGACAGCGAAGACGAAGAAGGUUAUAGAGGUAGCGGGGACGAAGAUGAUAUAGAACUGGCCGGUAUAUCUUAUUUCGCACAAUUUAUUCGAGAUAACUGGGAAAGCCAUCAAACUUUUUCAAACUACAACACUGCAUUUGAAUAUUUUCACCGAGUAUUAAUGAACGAACCGUAUCAAAUUUUCUGUGAGUAUUUCUAUUAUCCACCCUAUUCCAAGUACUGA